UCCCCCCAUUCAGCCACUAGCUGUAAUGUUCCUGUGUGUUUACUACUGUAUUUAGGAUAAGGACACGGUCACGUAUAUGUUCUGAGUCCUCCACCAAAAGUCUUGCAUUUAGUCAUUUUUAAAGACACCUUUUAGGAGUCCACCAUGCCCAAAAGAAAGCAACAGGGUGCUGAGGGUGAUGCAAAGGAAGAGCCUCAGAGAAGAUCUGCACGGUUAUCUGCAAGGCCGGCUCCUCCCAAACCUGAACCAAAGGCAAAAAAGCCAGCUAAGAAAGACAAAGUGGUUAAAGACAAGAAAGAGGACAAAAAGAACAAGGGGAAGGCUAAGGAGUCUACAGAGCCAGAGGCCAAUGAAGAGAACCACUCAGAGAACGGAGAAGCCAAGAGCAAUGCGGUUGAGGAGACUCCAGCAGAAAAUAAGGACGAGGCAAAGUCUGAGUAGCACCACUGCCUCAACGCAGCUGUCUCUCCCUGUUCAGUUCCCAUUUUUUUUCCACCCAUCAAAAAGCGCUCUCACUCAUGCUGUUGCCCCUCUCUUCAAGGCAUAUUGUUAACAGAGGAAUAUUUUUAUCAAUGAUUUUAUAAGUAUCAGUACAGAUUUUUAGCACAAACUAAAGCUGAAUGCGGCAUACCUUGCAGAUUUACAGCAGUAAAAUUUAGUUUCUGCAAGAUGAACACACUAAAAUCCUUUUUUUAAAAUGUCAUUUUGUGAGUGUUGACAGCUUGUUUGGUCUAGUAAGUGCAUAAACGCUUCUACAGUUUUGAGUGCUUAUCCUGUGGGUUUUGCCCCUCCUUCCCUCCCCCUCUUUAUUUUUCUUUUCCUCUUUUACCCUGCACACCUGCCACCUUUCCUACCCCCUAUUCUGAACUAUAUUCCUAUAUAACAAGUGAUUUUAUUUUUUGGCUGUCCUUUUUUUUUCUUUUUUUUUUUCCCCUUUUCUUUUUUUUAAGGAAAACCUUAUAUGUGCAGUGAGUCUACUUGCUUUUGUCUCGUGUACUAGAUUUUUUUUCACUUCAGUGUAAUUGUUCUUAGGAUGGACAAAACAGGAAAAAAAAACAUCUGAAAAACAUUCCAGGGCAGAGAUACAUGGCCUGAUCUUUUUUGACCUACCCUGCAUUAGUUCAAAAACAAUAUUUUAUCAAGAGCAGCUCAUCCAAGACUAUGCUGUUAUGUGAAAUUUUCUAAAUGAUGACAAUUUUUUAGGAUGAAAUUCUAAUCUUUACUGAAGUUUUCAGGUAUUCCUGUACCCUAGCUGACGUUCUGGAUGUCUCUUAAUAAAUGAAAAUCUUCGAAUUUU